ACGGAGAACCACCAGCGGGAUGAAGAUGGACCAACUGGAUUUGUGUUCUCUCUUCUGUGUGACUAGAUGAAGGGACUCCCACCUUCAUUCAUCAGCAGCGGUUAGACUGCAGAGCAAACAGAUGCAGAAGUAAACAUCAUCAGAUUAUUUAAAUUGACUUUCUCAGCAUAGACCUUGCUGAGUGUUGACUCUUGUAGUUCUGGUUAUGAGUUGUUCAUCUCCAACCAAUGAGCCAGAGAGCUGCAGCAGCGAGGAGAGCAGCUGCACCACCUCCUCCAUUACUACCUCCGACCCGUCCUCUAUGUCUGGACAGACUGACCCCCUAAAUGAGGCCCAGCAUAAAGCUCCUCCGCCUCCUCCCCUCCCCCCUCCUCCUCCCCCACCCCUGGCGACGACGCCCGCCAACCACAACCCAAGGAAAAAGCGCCGUGUGCGCAGCUUCUUCUGGAAGCCCAUCCCGGAGGAGAAGGUGCGCGGGAAGCCGAACAUCUGGACGCUGGCGGUGCGGCAGCAGCAGUACCAGAUCGACGUUCGCUCUGUUGAGGAGCUGUUCGGGCAGCAGGAAGAUGCGGCCUCGGCUUUACGAGGCACAACGGCGACAACUGGAACCUCGACUCGUAUAUCGAGGUCCCGCUCCUUUAAGGACAACAGCAGGAAUGAGGUCAGCAUCCUGGACUCCAAAAGAGCAAUGAAUGUGGGCAUUUUCCUAAAGCAAUUUAAGAAGUAAGUCAGUUGUAAGUGUGAAAGACCAGAUUGAACUGUGUCCAUAAGACACACAGUUGAUUUUUUUUCUUGCUGUAAAUGCCAAACAUUUGUUAUUUCAUGCUGUUUUACUGAUUUCUACAGUAUACUGUUUAAUGUUUAUAGUUGUUUUAUGUUCUAAUCUGCGAUGGUUGUAGCUAGACCCAGAAGCAGACUGAGUUGAGGUAAGUAAAGUUGAGGUUUUAAAAAAAAAUAAAUGUGAGCUUACAAAAAGAGCAGAACAGGACAGUUUAGGAACAAGGAACAACAGGAACCAGCAACAAAGAAGCAACAGAAGAAUCCAGUCUCGUCAAAAGUAAAAACAAAAACUAAGGUUGAUCUCAAAGGAACAAGAAAGUGAGAAAUACAAGCACAGAAAAAAACAUAAUCGACAAUGGGAUCCCUCGGCCAUGGCCGAAUAUAAGACACUGUGUAAAAAAAACAACAACAUAAAACCAGAGCUGGUUGGUGGAUUGGCCUCGGAAGGAGGGCCAGAAAUGAAAAAUAAAAGCAGUGGCCAGUGGAGACCAGUUCAGAAUGUCUGCAGCAAAGAGGCUUAGAGACUAAAGGUUUGUAGUGAAGGUGUUGGGAAGUUGCAAGAGGCAGUGGACAGAGGACUGGUGACAGUGGCUAAAGGCUCUGAUAGGCUGUUGAUGGAGGCACAGGAACCUUGGAAACCAGCAACAGUGGCUCAGAUUAAUGAAAGAGGCAAGGACAGGUUUGUUAUAGGACUGGAGGCUGAUGGCAAUAUCUGAAGAAUCCUUAGUGCCAAUGUUGAAGGCAAAGGAACCCCAAAGGCCAGAGUACUAAAUGGUCAGGAGACAAGAGGUGCAAGAACCAAGGAGUCUGUCGCUGAUGGAAGGCUGGGAGCAGAUAGUGAUGGAUGGAAAACCUCAGAGGUUGGCAACAAAAGAGCUUCAUUCGACAUUCCAUUAGACUACUAAA